AUGUCGUUAACCACCCUCCCACCCGAACUCCGCCACAAAAUCCUAGCCUCUGUGAUUUGGACACCAACAGCAACACUCUAUAACCACCUCGACCUAUUCUACCAAGAUCCUCCUCGUGUCCGGCUCCGCGAUGACUGGGACAUUUGGAUACCAGCCACAUCACCUCAACCACCCGCUCUACCACUCCUCUUAACAUGCCGGAUCCUACGCGAUGACGUCCAGUAUCUACUACAUUCACCUACUGCUGCCCAAAAAUCCCGCCCCUAUGAGAUCGACAUCGUCUUCAUCCCCAAAUGCGGCAUUUUCCCAACCUGGGUGUGUUGUCCACUCCCAAGCCAGUUCAACCUCGACACUCUCCAGGCAUCAUUCCGCAUAAUGGACGUAGAGGACAUCGACGAUGAGGUCGAAACAGUAGGAAGACAGGGGGAGUUCUUACGCCGUUUCCACGGUAUAUCGUCCAACUUUAAUGCAAACGACAAGUACUACCCCAAUCCCCCUCCCGGCUCAUGGAACUUUUACCGCCUGUUAGUGUCUUUUUUGGCCUUGGGACCUCGGGGCCUUUGCUCUCCCGCUUAUCAAAGAAAAAAUCGCGGCAGUCUUUUUUCUUCAAGAAGCAGAAGCCCUCCCAGAUACUCACUCCGACAUCUCAUAAUCAGCGUAACAUCCAAGGAGGAAACGGAGACGGACGAGGAAAGAUGGGAGCGAGCAGACCGUGGUGCACAACGGUUCUUGAUUGCCCACAACGAGGACCUCCCUUACGGAGCCGAGGGGGAAGAGGAUAUUUUCCCAGGACCGCCGCCUAACGACGAUGACGACGAUUUUGCUCAAUACACAUGGACAGGCCCGACCGACCUGCGAACCGUUAGAGGCAUGCAUAUCCACGCGGGCCGCCGUGACACCCUUGGCCACGCCGACCGCUAUGGCUUGUACCUUGCUAAUACGCUCUGGGCCUUACUUGACUUUGGCGGGUGGCUGUCGCGAGGCUUCGGUCUGAUGCUGUAUGAGAGCAUCCUUGAUGACAUUACUUUUUAUGUCGACGGGGAGCCAAGACCUCGGUUUGGCAUGGACGACUUGUUGCUUUCUUUUCUGGAGCGGCCCAAACCCACAAAACCGUCCCGCACUUUAACACCGGAGGUCGCAGCGGCCUUGAAAGUCUGGAAGGAGUGGGUGAUGAAGUGGAGGACAUGGAGGACGCUACGGGAGGGUUGUUCUGGUAGUGGCGUGUUGGAUGAUACCUGUAUGGAACCAGAACCACGCCCGAGUUUUGAUGCUUUUGUGAGAUACUUGCCGGCCUCGACGUGGGAUUAUGAUCCGAAUGAGCCUGAGUACUCGGAUUCAGACGCGGAUUCCGUGUCCGAAGAUGACGCCAACGAAAGUAUUGUCAAUAAAUAA